AUUGAUUACAUUCACUACCAUUCAUUUUCUUGCUCUCUAUAAAUGCCAUUUGUCUACUCUUAAGAACACGCUCAAAAUGAACCUCCCAAAGUUUAAACAAAUGCACCCUAACCAAAAACUUGAAGCCUAAUCGAGUGGCUUUCACGUGCAAUAUAGCUUCUGUUUACAUUUUCAAUAUUAUUCAUGGCGGGACAUGAUAGUGUGAAAGUGCUUGUACUAGUAAGUCUGUUGUUAAUUUUAGACAAUGCCUUUUUAUGCUUGUGCAGAAACAGAAGCUCAUCCUCCAUUUGCUUUGAAGAAGAAAGGGAUGCUCUGCUGCAGUUUAGACAAAGUCUUUUAGACGAGUCAAACCUCCUUUCUUCCUGGAAAGGUGAAGAUUGUUGCCGAUGGACUGGAGUGACGUGUGACCGAGCAAAUGGACAUGUCGUCAUGUUCCAAAUCUUACCAAAAACUACGUUACUACCAGAAGAUGAAUUCUUGUCUCCACAAGGAGCUGGCCUCUCAUACUCGUUCACAAGGUUUUUUUCAAAAGCUAGUGAACUAAACUCUUCUUUGCUCAAUUUGAGAUACUUGAACUACCUAGACUUGAGCGGGAUCUUUUUCAAGUAUGCGUCCAUGCCCAAAUUCAUCGGCUCCAUGAAGCAGUUGAGGUACCUUAACUUGUCCAACUCUUUCUCUUUUGCAACUGUUCCUCGUGAAUGGGGAAAUCUCACCGAGUUGGAAUUCCUUGAUCUCCAUGGUUAUUAUCGCAUGGGUGUUGUUAAUGACAUUCGAUGGGUUUCGCAUCUUCGAGCAUUAAAGUACCUCGACAUGAGUGGUAUAAAUGUUAACAGAUCUGGAGACCUCGUGCAGGUGAUAAGCACACUCCCAUCUUUAUCACAUUUAAGUCUAUCAGAUUGUGGGCUUUAUAACUUUCACCUGUCUUUUGGACGCUUGGCCAAUUCUACUGCUCUUCAUCUUCAGUACCUAGAUCUUUCAAGGAAUUCUUUUGAAGGUUUCAUCCCAAGCACUAUAUUUCAAAACAUGACUUCUCUCCAGCAUCUCGAUCUCCAUAGUUAUUAUCGCAUGGGUGUUGUUAAUGAUAUUCGAUGGGUUUCGCAUCUUCGGGCAUUAAAGUACCUUGACAUGAGUGGUAUAAAUGUUAACAGAUCUGGAGACCUCAUGCAGUUGAUCAGCACACUCCCAUCUUUAUCACAUUUAAGUCUAUCCCAUUGUAGGCUUUAUAACUUUCACCUGUCUUCUGAACGCUUGGCCAAUUCUACUGCUCUUCAUCUUCAGUACCUAGAUCUUUCAUGGAAUUUUUUCGAAGGUUUCAUCCCAAGCACUAUAUUUCAGAACAUGACUUCUCUCCAGUACCUUGAUCUUUCAAGGAACUCUUUCAACUUGGCCAAUUAUACUUCUCUUCAUCUUCAGUACCUCGAUCUUUCGGAAAAUCAUUUUGAAGGUCCCAUCCAAAGCACUAUAUUUCUAAACAUGACUUCUCUCCGGCACCUUGAUCUUCAAUCAAACCUUUUCAACUCUUCGGUAUCAAGGUGGUUCAAUAACUUGAGAAGUCUUGUCGAUCUCAAUCUUGCAAACAAUCUUUUGCAAAGCAUUGAGGGAGGGUUGUUCUCUUUCUUAAGGGAAAAACCGUUUCUCCGGUCUCUACUCUUGGGCAAUAACGAACUUCAUGAGGAGAUAUAUUCAGUGGAGGGAAAUUCUUCGGGGCUUAUCGGGAAAAACUUCGAGCGACUGGAGAUAAGUAACAAUUUUCUUCAGGGGCCUUUGCUAGAUUGGUCGGUGCACUUGAAAAACCUGAAAUUGCUUGACCUAUCAUAUAAUCAAUUACAUGGAACCAUCCCAUCAUCACAUGGUUGGUUAUGCUUGAGAGCACUUUCUCUUUCUUAUAAUCAAUUAACAGGGAAUAUUCCGGAGGCAUUAGGAAGAUCGCAAGUCUUAACAAUUUUAGAUCUCAGUAACAAUCUUCUCGAGGGCACCAUUCCACACAGUCUCGGACACCUUCAAAAUCUUGCCUAUUUAGAUCUUUCAGCGAAUUCCUUGAGAGGAACUGUUUCCGAAAUCCAUUUCUCCAACCUCUCGAAGCUAAGGUAUUUAGAUAUUAGCUACAACCAUUUAGCUAUCAAGGUGGAUUCUGACUGGAUACCAGCCUUCAAUCUCUUAUACAUGGGGAUGGCAUCUUGCGAGUUCGGAAUGGAAUUUCCACGAUGGAUGAGAACGCAAGUCGACGCAGAAUCCAUAGAUUUGUCCAAUGCCUCCAUUUCAGGAUCUCUCCCAGAUUGGCUAGGUCUCAUGUCGUUCUUUGAACUGAAUCUCUCUUACAACCAAAUAAAUGGAUCUCUAUCGAAAUUUCCUUCUAGGAUGGAUCUUUUAGAUCUCUCUCACAACCAAAUAAAUGGAUCUCUGUCGAAAUUUCCUUCUGUCUCGUCUUCAUUAGAUCUCUCUCACAACUUAAUAUCAGGACCUAUUCCACAAAAUUUUGGUCUAGCGAUGCCUUAUUUAUUUUACUUGAAUCUGAAUGAUAAUCUCUUAAGUGGUCCAAUACCAACCUCAAUAUGUGAGAUGGAAUUUCUGUUUGACUUGCACCUCGAAUGGAAUGAAUUAGUUGGCGAAAUUCCUACAUGUUGGAAGAAGAGCCCUCGUACACUCCUUCAUUUUACAUUCCUUGAUUUAUCAUCCAACAUGUUGUCCGGAGUCAUACCGAGUUCUUUGGGAAAUCUAAUCGGGCUGACGUCAUUACACUUGAACAACAACAAUCUCCAUGGAGAAAUUCCCGUGACUCUAAACUAUUGCAGAACCUUGCAGAUAUUGGAUCUUGGAGAGAACAAAAUCUCUGGAAGUGUUCCACAUUGGAUUGGACCAAGUUUUCCGUUACUACAGAUUCUUAGACUGCGAGAAAACAUGUUCAAUGGUAGUAUUUCUUCACAGUUAUGCCGACUCUCCGCACUGCAAAUAUUGGAUAUGGCAGUGAACAAUUUGACAGGGAUGAUUCCAAAUUGUAUCGGCUAUAUGAAAGGGAUGAAACUGAACAAAAACAUAGAUAAAGGCAACUCACUCUCCCCUGCUUAUGCUCCUGCACAUCGUGUGCAUGGCCUGCCGGAUCAAAACACCACUCAUGCAGAUUGGAAGCAAGAGCAUGUGGAACAGGUCAUGAAAGGGGUGGACCUUGACUACACAACACUUGAUCUACAGCUUAUGGUCAAUUUGGAUCUCUCGAGCAACAAAUUGAUUGGACCGAUCCCUGGAGAGCUUACCUUGCUUUCUGGAUUGCGGGGCUUGAACUUAUCGAGCAACUUUCUUUCUGGAGGCAUCCCGACUAUGAUUGGAUACGUGAAAUCGCUCGAGUCACUUGAUCUUUCGAACAAUCACCUUUCAGGAACAAUCCCACAGAGCUUUUCUGCAUUCACAUCACUGAGCAAACUAAACUUGUCUCACAACAACUUCACGGGGCCAAUUCCCAGAGGAAAUCAAAUCCAGACCCUUGAUGAUCCUUCCAUUUAUGCCGACAAUCCUCUACUUUGUGGCGAUCCUCUACAAAAGAAAUGCCCCGGUGCGGAGGCCCCUCAAGCGCCAGAAGAAGAUGCCGAUGAAGAAGGUAAGAUUGAAAAGGUGAUGUUCUACCUCGUCAUAAUGUUCGGGUUUGCAACCGGGUUUUGGGGAGUUGUUGACGGUUUGGUGUACAAGAAGAAUUGGAGACGUGCCUACUUCGGCUACGUGGAUCGUAAAGCAGACAUGGUGUACGUGAUUGUAGCAGUGAAGGUAGCCGAGUUGAGGAGGAGACUGAGAAGAGGGUAACAGGCCUGUUCUCCAUAUCAAUUUAGUCCAAUGCUCUAUUGAUCUCGUGAAGUUUUUGCUUUCUUGUUCAAGCGGAAUCGUCUUAGUAGUUGGCUUGUUCCUCCUUAUGAGUAGUAGCCAAUUUUUUUGUGUUCUUUAGUUUCAAGCUUGUCCGAGCAAGCCGUCAAUGGAACGGCAUGGGGAGUGCAAAUCAUGUCAUUUGGUAAUUUAGUCUUGCUCAGCAAUUUAGCAGUACUUUGUGUUAUUAUAUUCAUGAUGCUAUGCUUGUCAAUGAUGUGAA